AUGGGUGUGUCCGGCGGCGCCGUGCAGGGGCGGAGCGGCCCCUCGAAGCUGCCGCGAGGUUGCGACAUCGGCAAGGUCGACGGCUGGGCGGUGCUCACCCGCGCGGGCCUUGCAGAUAGAGGCGAGGAGCUUAACGUAGAGCGUCAGCGCCGAGGCCGGGACAGGUGCUCAGAUCAGGACGUGUCCAUCCACGAGAUGCGUUGCCGCAUCAUGCACGUGCUACUGACCUUCGACCAGCUGAACGCGAGAGCUGAGUUGCUGGAGGGCUCCCACUUGUAUUUAAGUACCGGCAAGACUCGCGGCUACGCGCGCAUCUCCCCCUCGCUACCUAAUUUCGCGACCGACGAGCUGCGCGAGGCGGAGAGCCGCCUGCAUCUCGGCCAGCGCGGCAUCGAGGCCGCCGCCCACAAGUUACAGGCCCCCGCAGGUCUCGGCGAGCUCGCGGCCCUUCCAGGCGCGGCCCGAGGCGCCCUGACCAACGUUCUUCCCGCCGGCACCCUCGGCGUCGGCGUCGGCGACGGCAGGCUCGUGUGCGACAGAAAGAUGAUCCCCGACAUCGACGAGCAGCCCAUCGCCGCCAUUCUCGUCGACGGGGUUGCCAUCAUCGGUUCCAAACACGACGCAGCCGUCUCGAAGCUAGGGCCCGCGUUCGGCGCCCUCAACAAGGCCGCGUGGCAGCCCCGCAGCGGGAGGGCGCCGCCGCGCCCGCUGGCGGGCACCACCAAGAGCAGGUCCUUCGGCCAGGACGAAGGCGUGCUGCUACGGGGCACACAUUGCAAGGGGCCGCUCAAGCUUUCGUCAGGCCUGCGCAGCGCCCGUAAGAACAAUAACGCAGCGGAGCACAGGAGGACGCGCAGGCAGCUACGGAGCUCGGACAUGCAGAAGCAAGGUGCGGACGACGCUGCGAAGCCCCAGGAAAGCAUAGCAUUUUCAGCGCGAGCACCAAAUCUGCAACUGGCGGACCAGCGCGAGUGCCAAUCUGCUUGGCGCGGCGGCGGAACGAGUUUCUACGACUCCUGCGAGCCGCUCGCUCGCCCGGGUCGCCCCGCGUGGGCGCGGCGAGGUUCCACGCAGAUUUUGGGCGCCGAUUGUCUUGUGCCGGGUGCAACCGACAUGAUCCCGCACCAGCGGCGCCACGCCGCGGCAUCCCACGCCACCGCCGUGGAACGGAUGAGUCCGAAGGAGCUGCAGGCCCGCCUCCGCCGCACCAGCGCCCAGAGCACCGCCGGACACUCCAGGCGCGUCCGCUACCUUGCCGAGCUUCAAAAGGUAGACGAGAUGGUGGCAAAACGGGCGGACAACGUCGAGGCCUCGAUCGGCGCGAUCUUCGGGAUUCGACUGCGCCCCGACCUGCCGCCGUUCCUGAGCCAGGGCCCCCACGCCGGCCCGCGCCCGCCCGCCACCGCGCGCGCGGCCACGGCGCGCGGCGCGGCCACGGCGCCGGCAGGGGCCCACCCGCGCCCCGCCGACCUGCGGCGGCGCUUUUCCGGGGCCCCUCGGCUGGCCAUGGCAGCGCGCGGGUGGCCCGCCUCGGACGGCCGGCAGGGCCGCAAAGCGGCGCUGCACUGGCCCGGCUUCGCGGAGGUGCUCGCGGCGGCCGUGAGCCCCUCCCCCCCGCCGCACAAGCCGGCCGGCGCAGCGGGCCCCGCCGGCGGCGCCCGGCACCUGUUCCCGCGCCUGCCGGGCGCGGCGGCGGACGAGGACGCUGACGACGCGCCGUUGGUCGCCGCGGCGGGGGCGACCGCGGCGUCCGCGCCCGCGCGGGCGCAGCACGCCGCCCCGCCCCCGGUGAGGCUGGCGCCCAUCCUGCCCGCGUGCUCGGCGGCCGCGGCCGACUGCGCUGCGCCCUGCGCCGCGGCGGCGCCCACAGGAGGCCUGUUCGGCGCCCUGCUCAGGGGCGGCGCGCGCGCGCCCGCCGAGCUCGGCGAUGUGGACUUUUGCGUUUCGGACGGCUCCACCAAGGCCACCAUGCCGCCGCUCCCCUGCUGGCUGCGCAAGAGGAUGGUCCGCGCCGCCCUCCAGUCCCGGGGCGCGCCGCGGCCGACCCCGCGGGCCAGGCCGCCCUCGCGCAGCCCGUUCGAGGCGGGCUGGCCCGACGACCGCGCCGACAGGGAGGCCCGGCGGACGAAGCUCCAGCGCAUGAAGGAGUACUGCAGGAGCAGGCCCGACACCGGCUCCACCAGGCGACCCGACACUGGCUCCACCGGGCGGCCCGACAGCGGCCCCGCCGGCCCCUUGGCGCGGCAGCUGUCGGAGUCGUCGGCCGACCUCGGCGCGUGGCCGAGCACGCCUCCUGGCACGAGGCGGGCCGGGCCGGCCGCGACCGCGGGCCUGCUGCGCGCGCCAGAGGCGCUGCCAGUGGUGGUGAGCGUGGCGGCUCCGGCGGAGUGCGGCGGGCGCGGCGCCAGGCUGCCAGACCUGGCGGGCGAGCACUGCGACCGGCCCUCCGCCCCAGAGCUCCUCACCCCGGGGACUUCCACGUGCCCUUCCUCCGCCCGAAGGAGGAGCAAGAGGGCGUCGUUCGCCGAGGAGGUGGGGCCCGCGGACGGUGCGAAGUCGGAGCCCGUCCAGCCAGGGCCUGCCGACUGCGCGAAGUCGGAGCCCGUCAGGAGGAUGGCGGCGCGCUUGACGCCCGUUGGUUCGCCGGGCGGGCAGCGCCGCAUGUGCAACAAGCAGCUGCUGAGGACGAGUUCCUCGCCGAGCGGGUUCCGCGCGUACUCCUCGCGGACGAGCUUCCGCGGCGGUGCCGCCACGGCGCAGCCCAAACUCCCACAGCAGCGGCCGCCCUGGCGCCGCCGCCGAGGCGAGUCGUUGGCCCAGCGGAUGCAGCGGCACAAGCACGCCGCGGAGGGCACGCCGCACAACUCGAUGGCGAGCGGAAGCCCGUGGGGGCAGGGCACCAUUUUCAAGUCCGACGUGAAGGGGGCCAAUUUCAGAGACAGGUUCCGAAUGAGCGUGCACAGGCCGCUGUCGGACGACAUCGGGGACACCGCCGCCCAGAAGGCCGCCGUGAGGCGGCGAAGGUCCAAGAUGGUGCAGACCACCGAAGCCGACCGCCAUUUGGAGGGCGAGGCGCUGUGGCGGAGCGUGUUCCAGAAGGUCCAGGACGACGGCCAGGUGCACCACGACGACCUGCGCAGCGCGCUCGAGCUGGCUGGCUUCCGCACCCCGGACCAGGGCUGGGUGGACGACGUCUACUACACCAUCAGGCCAUCACCCAGUACAGCGCGAUCGGCGCGGACGACUUCGUGCAGCUCGUCCGCGCAUACGCCAUGCGGCAGAAGCAGGCCUACGUCGAGGCUUUCAGGAAGGCCGACACGGACGGGUCCAACGAGCUGGAGAGGUCCGAGCUCGGCGACCUCCUCAAGAGUCUCGGCAUAGAGCCGAUGAGGCACGUCUUGGACGAGGUCUUUGAAGAGACCGACGCGGAUGGCAAAGGCACCCUCGACUUGGUAGAAUUCGAGAGCGUGAUGGACCUCAUUCGAAACCGGGAGGGCUUCACGAAAAGAGAGUACGAGGAGCUCACGUACGUGUACAAGAAGUUCGAUUUUGACGGGUCGGAUGAGAUCGACACGCAAGAGCUCACAGCUAUACUUGGCUGGUUGGGGUACGCUUGCGACCUCAACGAAGCCAAGGAUAUCCUAGGUGAAGUCGAUGUCGACCACAGUGGUACCCUUAACCCGCGCGAGUAUUUGAUGUGCAUGCGCAAGGUGCGCGAACGCGAGAUUGAUAAGAUAUCACGCUGCAUACGGCUCAGCGACGUAGACAACAACGGCACUGUAUCGCAGGACGAGCUGUACAACAUUACAUGCAUGUUGGGCUACUGGCCAGACUUGGUCGCGCUCCAGGAGGCUGGAGUCUCGGCCGGCAUCGAGGACUUAGAAGCUAUGGACCUCAGUUCUGUAUGGCAGCAGCUAACCGUAUACCGUUCGCGGGAGGGCUUCUGCUGUUCCGAGGCAAAGGAGAUUCAGGAGGCCUUCGAGAAAUUCGACACGCAUUCUAAGGGAGAGAUCCACACAAGGGAUGUCGGAAAGCUGCUGCGUUGGCUUGGCUACGCACUGCCGAUCGACGUUGCGUUGUUGGCAGCGGCCAAGGUGGACGUUAACAACUCUGGGCUGCUUGACCUGGGAGAGUUGCGGAAGAUGAUGCGGCUCUACCAGGAGAAGGAACGCGCGCAGAUCGCGGCCAUGUUCAAGAAGGCAGACGUCACAGAAUCUGGAAGGUUGCAUGAGAGCGACGCAUGUGCCGUGUUCCAGGAGCUAUGCGAGACAACGGAGACAUGCGGCCUCGUCCCUGAGAUGAUCAGGGGGGUGAUUACCCAGGAGCUCGACCGAGUUGGACCCAGCGUUGACCGCAGCGUCGACUUGAGAGAGUUGCUGGCCAUCUUCCAAAUCGCCAAAAGGGACACCCGAAAGCAGUUCCGGGAAUGCAUGGGCUUCUCUCCAAAGGAGGUAGUGGAGCUGAAAAAGACGUUCAAAUACUACGAGAGCGGAGGCCUCGGCCGCAUUGAGCACAAGGAUCUUAUCAGGCUUUUGGAGGACACGUUUCCGAAUAUGGCGCACACAAAAACCAUGCGACCCAGAUUCGAGAGUGUCAUAGCGCAGGCGGACCAUAACAGAGAUGGUUGCUUGAGUUUCGAAGAGUUUUUGAAGGCCAUGAGGCUCUUGCAGGAAGUACAAGACGACGAGAAGUACGAGAAGUUGAGAACAGUGGUGCAGCAAGUAAAGUUCAGCCCAUUGGAGGUCGAGGGAUUCAGGGAACUCUUCUUAGGGAAGGACCCAGAUGAACAUGCAACGCGCAACGGUGGGAUGACCUUCGAUGACGUGAAGGAUCUGAUUACUGCAAUAGUUCCUCUCGGGGACAGGCAGUCUUGUGAGCUUGCAGUGUACUUUCUUGAAGUCGAACGAAAGCGUGAAGUCUUCGAGGCUGUCCACGUUCAAAGCGGCGUGCUCGAUUUCCCCGAUUUCUUGCUGUUAAUGCGGCUGCUGAUGGACGUGAAUUUCGGGCGCAUCAACGACAGAGCCACCCAGAGCCAGGACGGCGAACAAGAUCAGAGCCAAAGACUGGACAACUGGCAGCAUGAGGUAACCCAUUUGUCACUGCAGGCUGCCGGUGAUGGUGGCCCAAGAACCUCAAGGACGAGCAUGAAGGCAGUCAAGUUGCGAAGGAGCACAACGUCGUUCCCGUCGUUCGUCGGGAAGGGUACGGACGCACGUGAAAAAGGCAGUAACAGAAAUUGAAAGAAGUCCCUGAAGUCGAGUGAGUAGCCGCGCAGACCGUGACAGUUUCAUUGUACAUGCAGCGCGCUGUGCGCCCUUGGGGCGCGGGAUGGACCAGUAUGGUGUGGACCAGCCGUGUAAAAUCUAGAGAAACGAAUCGAUUGUUUGGGACCCAGGCGCUGGCAUUGCACGGUAGAUUCCGCACAGGGGAGCGCAAUCAGCGCCCACGGUGUAGCUGCUCUCAGCGCGUAGGUGCCGCUUUUUUGUUAGAACCGCCAGGAUGCGCCCCGUUCCGGCCACUUUCAAGACGGACCGGGACCACGGUCAGCCACCAUGGCGGCAUUAACAAUACCCAGCAUCCUCACCAUCAU